UGUAACGCCUGUACCUGAUUGGGCGAUGAAACGGAAUUUAAACGCGGAGUGGACUCAGUUUCGCAUCCUUUCUCUCACUUCUGUUUUUCCGUCGCUCCGAUUCUCGGCUAACUUGCGGAGAGGGAAAAGCAGUUUCUCUCGUCUUCCUCCUCUCAGAUUCUCCGGUUCCCGAGCAGCAGCGGCAAAACCAGCAAUGUCCGGCGGUAUCGCCCGCGGUCGUCUGGCGGAGGAGCGGAAGUCUUGGCGCAAAAACCAUCCUCAUGGUUUUGUUGCGAAGCCAGAAACUCUGCAGGACGGAACUGUGAAUUUGAUGGUGUGGCAUUGCACUAUCCCUGGGAAGGCUGGGACUGACUGGGAGGGUGGAUAUUUCCCACUCACUCUCAACUUCAGUGAAGAUUAUCCUAGCAAGCCACCGAAGUGCAAAUUUCCUCAAGGUUUCUUCCACCCUAAUGUUUACCCAUCAGGAACUGUCUGUUUAUCCAUCCUUAAUGAGGACAGUGGGUGGAGACCAGCUAUUACAGUGAAGCAAAUUCUAGUUGGGAUCCAGGAUUUGCUGGACGCCCCUAACCCUGCUGACCCUGCACAAACUGAAGGCUAUCAUCUCUUCAUUCAGGUCUCUAAACAUUUUCCCUCGAGUUAAACCAAGGACCCUACUGAGUACAAGAAGAGGGUUCGCCAGCAAGCAAAGAUAUAUCCUCCACUAGUGUAGCAGGAAUCUCGUUGCUUCUAGUUUUACUUCUGGUCAUUUGUUGAUUGUCAGUUUGCAGCUGCGGAAUGUUAUGUCUUUGCUGUUACCCAGGAAAAGAAAAAACUGUUGGUGGCGCUCAGUAAUUGUUAAUUGUGCCUCUAUUUGCUUACUGCAUGGCUGAACGAGCAUUUGUCACAUCCCAGAAGUGUGGAUUGUUAACUUUGGGUACAUAUAAAGUUUCAUGUCAACAGUAAACCAGUAAGCCAAGCAGUACUACUUAUUGGUAUUUAUUCCAGAAAAGAAUUGAGGCAUUCAGAUUUCUUAUGUGAUUCCCGCGGAUUCUUUUUUCUCAAUUCUUAACCGAAUGUCACAACUAGCAAC